AUGGCAUGCAUUAAUCACCGAAGCCUCCGCGGAGUGCCGCCGGCUCCGCCGAUGAGCCCUCGCAUGUCGUUCUCGAGCGACUUUAACAUGGAGCCGCCACCGGCACGCACCCCCGGUCCUCCGCCCGACCCUGACUUUGAGUUCUCGGUCGGCAGCCGCCCGAUGAUCGCCGCCGACCAACUCUUCUUCAAGGGCCGGCUUCUUCCUCUUAAGGACAGCCACCAAGGCGGCGGUCAUCAUAGGAUCACGACCCUCCGCGAUGAGCUCCGCGCUAACGACGACGAGGAGCGGCCGCCCAAAGGAUCCGUCAGGUGGAAGGGACUUCUUGGGCUGAGAAGGCCGGCGCCGAAGAAGGGCGAUAAGAAAGAAGACGAGUUUCUCGGCAAGUAUUCAUAG